CCACAAACUUCCACGAUCAUGAUUCACAUUGGCAGUCUGGAACUAUCUACGCCCCUGGUAAAUGCCUCUUGUGCAUGGGCGUCGGACCUACAGCAGCUCCAAGCACUCUUUGACUGCGACUACACCGGAGCAGUCAUCACUCGCACUGCGACACUACAAGGCUUUACUGAAGACGCGACUCACACAGCUGCCUUUGCCUCGCAGUCUCUGAGCUCCAUCAACUCAUAUGGCUACAGCCCUCACGAACUCGCCCAAUAUCUUCUCUGGAUCGACACCAUUCUCUCCAGUGCCAAGACGAAGAAACCAUUCAUUAUUAGCACCACCGCCUCCGAUCCAAAGUCAAUGGAGCUCGCCGUUUCCGCCAUCCAAUCGCUGCGUGCUAAACACCCGCAAGUCGGCAUCGAAUUCAAUACAUCGUGCCCUAAUAUUCAAGGCUCUCCACCGGCGGGAUAUACCCCCCGAGAACUCGUCCCUCUACUCAGUGUACUUGCGGAUGCGUGGGCUCUCGACCCAACUCUUACCAUUGGCCUUAAACUCCCGCCAUACGUUCAUGCAGCCCAGUUUAUCGAAGUGAUCAGCGUCCUCCGUGCUCUUUGUACCCUCCAACCUGGCUCUGGCGGCGCACGAAGCCCAAUAGCCUAUAUUGCAUGCACUAACACUCUCGGAAACUCGUUGUUGUUCCCAGACCAAGUCGACGAGUCUGCUGCGUCAGAGUUUGCCCUGCCCACUGGGCUUGGAGGGUUGGCUGGAGACGCUCUGCAUCCCCUUGCGCUUGGAAAUGUCCACAGCUUCUCCAAAGCUUUGGCUUCGGAGGGCUCUAAUUCUGGCCUGCGCGAUUUGAUCAUUAUUGGCAUCGGGGGUGUGACCAGUGCUGCGGCAGCGGAGCGUAUGAGAAAGGCAGGAGCUCAUGUCGUUGGAAGUGCAACACUUUUUGGAAAGGAAGGUAUUCGCGCAUUCGAGAUUCUGGCCAAAAACAAGUAA